GAGAGAGAGAAAGAGAGAGGGGUGGAGUUAGAUAGAGCUCAAACACAAAAGAUGUUUGAUGGAGUGCCAGACCAGUUUCACCAGUUCAUAGCCUCCUCAAGAGCUUCAUCACUCUCUCUCCCUCUCUCUUUCCCACUUCAACACGCCUCUUCACCCCCACCGCCGCCACCGCCUCUCGCUUCUUUGAAUUUCCCUGCCUUCGAUCUCUACCCUCCUCACCACCACCACCACCACCACCACCAUCAUCUGCAGCAGCCGCCUCCCCACUUCCUGCAACCGCUGCACCAACCACCUACAGCCCAGAAGGACAUCAUCCAUGAAGAGAUAGAUGGGGAGAACAGCUUGGUCCCCGUGAAUUUGGGCAUUGAUCAGAGAGACAGAUCCAAAUUGGCAGAAGCAGCCACUGUUGAUGAUGAUCACCAGUGGACUAGUGAUGAAGUGCUUGCACUGUUCAAAAUCAAAUCUAGCAUGGAGAAUUGGUUCUCUGAAUUCACUUGGGAACAUGUAUCCAGGAAGCUUGCAGAGCUUGGCUUCAGAAGGAGUGCUGAGAAGUGCAAGGCAAAAUUUGAAGAAGAAAGUAUCAGAUCAUAUACACCCACUAGUGUUAGUUAUCCCAAGAACGACAGGUUGCUGAGUGAGCUUGAAGAGCUGUGCAAUAGUAAUCAUGGAGAUCACCAGAACAAUCCUCAACUACUUGCAGCUGACAAGAGCACUGAUAAUAAGGUGGGAAAGCUCAGAGUAGGAGAAGAAGAAGACAAGAUGGCUGGUCAGAUGAUUCAGAACUUCGAUGGCACCAAUUCAAGAAAUGAAUUGCGUGCGACUGUGAAUGAUGCAUCGGAGGACAUUUACAAAAAGGUAGCAACAGAUGAUGAGGACCACAUCAACAGGUCAUCCUCAAAGGGCAAGAAGAGGAAGCGAUCACAAGAGGAGAGACUGCUGAAGUAUGAGCUGUUCAAGGGCUUAUGUGAGAGUGUUGUCCACAGGUUGAUGGCACAGCAGGAAGAGAUGCACAAGCAGCUGCUUGAGGACAUGGUGAGGAGAGAGAAGGAGAUGGUGGAGAGAGAGGAGGCAUGGAAGAGGGAGGAGAUGGAGAGGAUGAACAAGGAGCUUGAUGCCAGGGCGCAUGAGCAGGCCAUUGCAGGUAACAGACAGGCCACCAUCAUUGAGUUCCUCAAGAAGUUCACUUCCUUCGACGGUGAUGUUGAUCACAACCCGCAUUUGCUAUCCAACUCUUCAAGUCCAUGCUCCUUGGCUGAGCCCAACUCCUCAAACCCUAAUGACAAUUCUAGCACUUCCCAUAUGGGCACGCACAAGCAAAGCCAUGUUGUUGAAGUUCCCACUUCGUCUUCUCUGGAAAAUCACAAUCAAUCCACUUGUUCUUCCUCCCUCCAAAGCACACCCACCAAGCAAGACCCAAGUUCAGCUUCAGCAGCAAUGGCUCAAACUGAAUCCAGGUGCAACCCACCAACUUUGACCACAAUGACUCCGCAAAACCCUAAUCCUCUCAACCCCCAUCAAAAGACCAAUCAUGGGUCACAAAACUCAUAUCCAAAUGCGGCCAAAGAUCAGGACCUUGGAAAGAGAUGGCCAAGAGAUGAAGUCCAAGCGCUCAUAAACCUUAGGUGCAGUCUCUAUGGUGGUACUUAUAACGAAGAUCACAAAUUGGAAGGAUCAAACAACAACAACAAAGCUCCACUUUGGGAGAGAAUCUCACAGAAGAUGUUGGAGCUGGGCUACGAGAGGAGUGCCAAGAGGUGCAAAGAGAAGUGGGAGAACAUAAACAAGUACUUCAGAAAGACCAAAGACAACGACAAGAAGAGGUCUCUCGACUCGAGGACAUGCCCUUACUUCCACCAACUGAGCCACUUGUACAGCCAAGGAAAGCUCCUCGCCGCUGCUGCGGCGCCCGCCGACCAGGCCCCGCCGGAGAGCCGCCUGGCCUUGCCGGAGGCCGGCACUCACGACGAUUCAUCUGCCGCGCAAUGUGGUGACAAGGGCGUGGCCAAUCAGGUAGCUCCAGCUGCUAAUUUUGAGUUUUAAGUCCUGAGAAAGAGAGUUUUAUUCAUUUUUUUCUUCUUUCGCAUGUUUUUGGUGUGCAGUCAUGAUGAUAAUAAUCAUAAAGUGGUAGGCUAGGCUAGCUGGCCUUUUUCUCUCUGCGAAGAUUUGAGUAGCAGCAGUCCCUUUUUGUUAUGUUCUUCCCUUUGUUUCUAUUAUAUGUAUAUGAUUUUCCCUUCCGAGGACAAUGUCAGUGUAAAGUUGCAGCAUGUGCACCGACAGGUUUGAGAAAUGAGAUUUGCAUUAUCUUUCCAAA